GAAGUGACAGAGUGUGCCGGUUUAGGGGUUCUAUACAAGUUUUGAACGGAGUUUUCCGCUAUGUAUAUUAAGCCUAGAGAUAUCUACCUUGCUUAACUAACCAGCACUCACAAAAUUAUUUGAAAUGUUAUAACCAGAAAAAAAUACUGAAUCAAAGUUAAGUUGAUCAAAGCAGGCUUCGAAUUUCUAGAAAAUUAAAUUAGGCCUACUUUCUGCAUUCCAUGUCCAAAGGAAAAAAAAGUAAGAAGAAAAAUCUGGGGUAUAGCAAAUCCGAUCAAAACAAAAUGGACGGAUACUUUGUCUUUGGCGUACAAUGAACCGUGUGUUUGGUUUGUUAUUCUUCAUGGGAUCAUGACAUCAUCAGAUCUUCGCAGUGACAUCAUCAGAUAAAACAUGAAGUGAAGUGUUGAUGUCUACUGUCCCCAGGACAUCGUGAUGACGUUUCUAGCAUGGGCAUGGUGAUUGGCAAAAAUGUGAUUCAUAUAUUGGAGAGACUUGCUCAUAAAGAAUAGGUGGAAGUGAUAAUAUCAUCAGGUUUCAAAAUGUUGAUGAGAACACUUGCUAAAAUAUGAUUCAUAUUGGAGAGACUCGCUCAUAAAGAACAGGUGGAAGUGAUAAUAUCAGGUUUCAAAAUGUUGAUGAGAACACUUGCUGUGACUUGGUGUCUCCUUGCCCUGACCGGCCCCCACAUCUGUGAUGGUCAGCACUUUCAUGAUGACACUGUCCAGCAGCAUCAUCAUCAUGGUCCCAAGGAGAGUGUGUCACAGGGAAACAGUAGUGACAAAGACACUCUUUCUUUCCUUGGAGGAGAUGUGUUAAAGUAUUCUGCCCAUGCCACAAGUCAUUUUCACACGGUCAACAAUAGUGGAGUGGAGCAACAGAACAGUAGUUCUGUGGUGAAUGUGAGUGCUGUCUCAACUGCUGCGAGCAGGGCGCUGAGUUACAAUUCCGGAACAUUUGACGUGAAGAAAUUCAGACCUCAUAAUCAAAGUCAUUCACACCCGAGCCCUGCGUCUUUGUUGAAGGACAGUGUGGCUAAUAUGAAAGUUGUUCCUGCUGGUGACCAUUUUGAGGCACAGGACAAGAACAGCACCAAGGGGCUAAAAACUAGUGCUACUGAUGCGAAUAGAAUUAAUAGCAAUAGCAGUAGUGACUCAAGUAUUCGCCCAGCUGACUUGUCUGCUAAUCAGACGUCGGCAAGCUUUGAUGGGAAGUCUAAGGCACAAAACUUGUCGGCAACAGAGUCGCCUCAUUCUGAGAGUGCGACCCACAAUAUUUGCAACACCACGCAUGCAGGUUUAACCAAGCGAGUUGAUGUGGAAUUUACAAGUUCUGUUGUUGACAAUGAAUUCAUUAUCACUUUUGAUGGGUACUACAAGGCGCUAGCUCGCAAACGCUUCAUUUCUGCUGCUUUACAAGAGGCAGGAGUUACCUCAUGGAAAGUGUUACCCAGGAUUAAUCCAGCCAAUUCUUAUCCAAGUGACUUUGAUGUAGUACAGUUUCAUGGAAAUUCCGACCAAAAUGGUGUGAGUGCUUUAGAAGAUCAUCCCUUGAUUAAAAGAGUCACCCCACACCGAAAAGUCACAAGGUCCUUGAAGUACACCAAAGUACCAGAUGACGACAAUGAGGCGGAGGCGGAUAAGGAGGAACAAAUGGAUAGCUUCAAUGCCCGGAAUGCAGGGAGAAAAAGCUUAUCCAUGCCUGCCAUGUGGUUGUCUCCCCCCAAGUACAAGUCCAGGAAGCUGCUCAGAGCUGUGCCCAAGCAGAUUGUCAGCGCUCUCCAAGCGGAAAUGCUGUGGGGAUUGGGUUACACAGGUGCCGGAGUGAAAGUGGCUAUUUUUGACACUGGGCUGGCCACUGACCAUCCCCAUUUUAAAAGGGGCAGACUGAAGGACAGAACAAACUGGACAAACGAGAAAACACUUGAUGACGGCCUUGGCCAUGGGACUUUUGUAGCUGGAGUCAUUGCAAGCCACAAGGAAUGCCUGGGAUUUGCUCCAGAUGCAGACAUUUUUGUCUUCAGGGUGUUCACCAACAAUCAGGUGUCCUAUACAUCCUGGUUCCUAGAUGCCUUCAACUAUGCUAUUCUCAAGAAGAUCGAUGUCCUCAACUUGAGCAUUGGAGGCCCUGAUUUCAUGGAUCAUCCUUUCGUAGACAAGGUCUGGGAGCUUACUGCCAACAAGGUUAUUAUGGUGUCUGCUAUUGGCAAUGAUGGACCUUUGUAUGGCACUCUAAAUAACCCAGCAGACCAGCUGGACGUUAUUGGAGUGGGAGGCAUCAACUUUGAGCACCAGAUUGCUCGCUUCUCCUCCAGAGGGAUGACCACAUGGGAACUUCCUGCUGGAUAUGGCCGCAUGAAGCCAGACAUUGUGACCUAUGGAUCAGCCGUGCGAGGAUCUGCUUUGAAGUCAAGUUGCCGGUCACUUUCUGGCACGAGUGUAGCAUCUCCUGUAGUUGCUGGAGCAGUCACUUUGCUUAUCAGCGCUGUGCUGGACAAAAAGCAUAUGAUCAACCCGGCAAGCAUGAAGCAAGCUCUGAUGUCCACCGCCCGACGGCUGCCAGACGUCAACAUGUUUGAGCAGGGUUACGGCAGGCUGGACCUCCCUCAGGCUCUACGUGCUCUCAGGAACUACACGCCACAGGCCAGUGCCAGUCCAAACUACAUUGACCUGCUCGAGUCUCCGUACAUGUGGCCCUACUGCACUCAACCCAUUUACUACGGUGGGAUGCCAGUCAUUGUAAAUGUCACCAUACUGAAUGGAAUGGGGGUCACCGGGAAAAUUAUCGACAAGCCCAAAUGGGAGACUUACACCCCUGAGUUUGGCAACUACAUCGACGUCUCCUUCUCCUACUCUUCGGACCUCUGGCCCUGGUCGGGAUACCUGGCCAUCUCCAUCACGGCCGCUAAGGACGCUGCAUCGUGGGAAGGCAUCGCCAAGGGACAGGUCACCAUUGUUGUCGAGUCUCCCCCUGAGGAGGAGGAGACAGAGCCUCGCAGGUCAACGAUUAUUCUGCCCAUCCGAGCCAAAAUUAUACCAACGCCACCGAGAAACAAACGUAUCCUGUGGGAUCAGUACCACAACCUCCGCUACCCUCCGGGCUACUUUCCGCGGGACAACCUACGCAUGAAGAACGACCCACUAGAUUGGAAUGGGGACCAUGUUCACACCAACUUCAAGGACAUGUACCAUCACCUGAGGGAGAAGGGCUAUUUCGUGGAAGUCCUUGGAUCUCCAUUCACUUGCUUUGAUGCCAGCCAGUAUGGAACUCUGCUCUUGGUGGACCCGGAGGAGGAAUAUUUUAGUGAGGAAAUUCUCAAGUUGAAGCGCGACAUCGACAACGGCCUGUCCAUUAUUGUGUUUGCUGACUGGUACAACGUCUCUGUCAUGAAGAAGGUCAAGUUCUACGAUGAAAACACAAGACAAUGGUGGAUGCCGGACACUGGAGGGUCCAACAUCCCUGCUCUCAACGACCUCUUGGCCCCGCUGGGAAUGGGGUUCAGUGACACUGUGUACGAAGGAGACUUCAAGAUAGGGGACCAUGACAUGUACUACGCCUCUGGGACCAGCAUCUCUCAGUUCCCCGAGGAUGGCCUUCUUCUUACUGAGACGCUGAAAAAUCAAGGGUUUGAGGUAAUCAAAGCCAACACCUGGACGGCCCGUGACGUGCCCAUACUAGGCUUGCACCAAAUGACCUCUGGCACCAACUCUGGCCGUGUGGUGCUCUAUGGAGACUCCAACUGUCUGGACACUAGCCACAUGCAGAAAGACUGUUUCUGGAUGUUGAGUGCGCUGUUAGAGUACACGGCCCACAGUGUGUUGCCCGCUGUGUUCUCUGACCUCAAGAAGGUCCUGCUGCCCCCUGUCUCUGAGCCUCCGACUCGCAUGGAAGGUAACCACCUGCAUCGCUACUCCAAGGUGGUGGAAAGCAAUCUGGGCACAGCUCAGCACCGGCCGCUGCCCCCGUGCCCGAGUCUUGUGUGGGCCAAACCUCACCCUAUCAACAAGUCAGCACCAGCCAACGUGUACAAGCCCCAGAAGCUGUUGUCCAUCGACCUGGAUGCUCCGUUCAUGCCCCCCAACCACCCGGAACUGCCUGUAGGUGGCGCCGGUGCUCCGGGGGCUGCGGCUCACGACGGGUCGGGGCUGGGGUUCCAGCCGGGGAUGUCUGGCCCGGCGCUGGUCCAGGACCGGUCCACCGUGUACCCCGUACUGGCCUUCCUGGGCACGGGAUUGGUGGCCCUCUUCCUGUUCAACCAGUACUACCGGGCUCGCUCCAGGCCCCGCAGGAAGAGGCCGCGGCCCCGAAAGCUGCAGCAGAUGAUUUAUGGGAGCAAGAUGCCGGGGGUGUGAGGGGAAGCGGCUAGAGGACCAGUGGUUAUGAACAUUAUCGUUUCGUGAAAGUAAAGUAUAACACACACGCACACACACACGCACGCGCACACUCACACACCACCACACAC